CACUCUCCCCACAAACGUCACUAUUUUCAGCUUUGACAGAGGACUACAACCAUCAGCAACAACAUAUCAGUCUUUUUUAUCAACUUCUGGUUUCAAACAUUUUCUAGUUAAAAUUUGGAUUUCAACUCAAGUUGGAUUUUUUUGUCCUUUCAGGUACAAUGGCUCUCGGAGUGCUUAAUUCGCAAGUUAAAAAUUCCCUUAGUGGGAGUGUAUUUUUUGACCGUGGUUCUAUAGAGGAACAGGCACCUCCACCUCCACUCCGCAGCUACCUUUGUUUGACUAUUUUUACCUGCUUUUGUCCUGCAUACCCCAUCAACAUUGUUGCCCUGGUCUUCUCUAUCAUGUCUAGGAACAGCUAUGCUUAUGGAGACUAUGAUGGGUCGAGGCGGCUGGGCAGGAACGCUCUCUAUGUAGCUGUUGCCUCCAUCAUCAUCGGCCUCCUCAUCAUCGCUAUCUCCUGCAUCGUUCAUUUCACCACUAUGGAUUUUUAGGGUUGUGGAAUGGGAGAGAGUGGGAGAAGAGAAAUAAGACAGUUGAACAGGAAACUGUGGAUGAUGCCAAUGAAAGGACUAUGACUCGCCUCAUGUUUACUUCAAUCUGUACGUCACUUUCUCUCAUGUUUACCAUUCUUCAUAUGAACAAUCAAGGAUGAUACAAUGUGGUGAAUGUGUUCAUUUCAGUGAUUAACGUCAAUGAUGCUUUGAAUUUUUAAAAAAGGGCAACUUACUACAAAUGUGUAGUGAAUCCAUGGUCCACAGCAAGGUUUUGUUAGGCUGUGACCCCCGAAGACCCUGUUGUUUUUUGCUCAAAACAUUGCUAGAGUUAGAUGAUGACAGUAAACGGUCUAUAACUUUAUCAAAAUACCCACUUAAUCCAAGACAAAACCAAAUGAUGUUAAUAAAUGAUAUUCCAAUAUAAAAAGGAACAAUAAUAGCCACUUUCAUUUCUGCCAAUACUCCCACAUAUACAGAGGUUUAGUCCUCAAUGCAGCAGGCCAGGGUUCGACUCCGACCUGCGGCCCUUCGCUGCAUGUCAUUCCCCCCUCUCUCUCCCCUUUGAUGUCCUUAGCUGUCCUGUCAAAUAAAGGCCUAAAAAUGCCCAAAACAGAAUCUUAUUAGAAAUAUGUAGGACUGCCAUUGAUAUUAUUGAUUAUUGAUAUUUUGUCUUCAUUGUUAUUAUAAUGUGUAUGUCAUAACUUUGGUAUGUACAGUACGACUUGGGAAUUUUACUCAGAGAAUUUACAAUGUUUUAAUCCUCUUUAACAAUAACAGCAAACUCCUUAUUAAUUAGCUCUGAACACAUUUCUAGAUCAAUUCCUGCUGUACAUCAAGAUUGUGUCUAACUGUAUAAACAAACCUUCCUUUGUUUCAUUUUUUUCUAUGUUUUACUGUGAAAGGGCAACCCAGCCGAUUUUAUUAUCAGUUGACAUGUUGCAAAGAGCACUACUCCGCAUGUAUAAUGGGUUUUAAAGUAAGACUAUGUAACCUUUAAAGAGGAAAUAACCCAUUUUUUGGGGGCAGCAAGGGUCUAAUAGAGUACUUAAUUGCAUUAUGGGAAUAUAUAUUUCUUAGUGGGUUUUGAGCUUGACCGAUUCUUGGGAAUCAAAGUCACAGUAUCUUAUCCUUUAUGGCUUCAGUU